CACCUGGCAGGGCCUGGUUGCCAGCCUCACCGCCUCUUGGCCCUGUGCUUCCAAACCCUUCAACUGUCAAAGAAGAUAAUGUUGUGGUCUUGAAUGGCAGGGGAAACUUCUUCCUUGGGAGGCUGGGUCUCUGGGUGGGGCGACCACUGUCACUUAUCAUCAAAGGCCAAAUGUCCACUGAGUCAGACAGUGCCUAGAGCUGGAGAUUUAGCAACGGACACUAAAUCCAGAAUCAUUCCCAAAGAGUAGACACACUUAGGAUCUUCAUUGGCUCUUCCUUUCUUGAGAUUUUUACCCCAUUGAGCAAUACUGGAUAGGCCAGUCCCCCUGGGGCCUGGGAGAAGCCAAAGCCAUCUCAGGAAGAUGGGGAAAUGAUUUCUUCAUUUGGCAUGCCAGGCCUGCUUCACUCACUGCCCAUAGCCUCAUGAGGCAACAAGACUCUGAAGCAAGCCCCAGCCCACACCCUGGCAGGCAGCCAGUGCAGGAAGGGUCAGGAGGGUUCUGCUUGGGCUUCUGCAUCAGGUUGAGGCUGAGCAUAAAGGAGGCUCAAGUGGCCUGGAGGAGGCAGUCUUGGGGACCAUGCACACCCAGAGGGACAACCCUUCCCUGCGAUGGUCACUAUCACUGCUUCUGCUGCUGGGCCUGAUGCUGCCUUUAGCCAUCUCCCAGACCCGCAGCUACAGGGAGGCUGUGCUCCGUGCUGUGGAUGAGUUCAACCGGCAGUCCUCAGACACCAAUCUCUACCGCCUCCUGGACCUGGAUUCUCAGCCCCCAGGGGAUGAGGACCCAGAUACCCCAAAGUAUGUGAGGUUCAGAGUGAAGGAGACCGUGUGUGACAAGGCAUUGCAGCAGCUCCCUGAGCAAUGUAACUUCAAGGAAAAUGGGCUGGUGAAGCAGUGUAUGGGGACAGUCACCCUGAGCCAGGACACAGAUUCUUUUGACAUCAACUGUAAAGGGCCUGGGACACAGCCCCAGAAGUUUAAGAAAAUUGCCCAGAUCGCUGGACUCCUCCGAAAAGGUGGGCAGAAGAUUGGAGAAAAGAUUAAGAAAAUUGGCCAGAAAAUUGCACAUUUUUUUGGGAAAACUGCACCUGAGGCGGAAAAGUAGGCCUGCCUUGGCCUGUUUCUGGAUUCCAAAAAUAAUAAAUUUGGUGAAGGAAACUUCUCAA